AUGGCUGGCCUUCGAGGUUGCGUCGGUAGGAAAGUGGCUAUCUCCAUCUAUGCUGAUGACAUUUGUAUCUGGACCAGCGGUAAAUCCCGUCCUGCCCUCCAGCGACGCCUCCAACUCGCUCUCGAUGCUAUCCAGCAGUACCUGUCACUGGCGGGCUUAGACAUAUCGACGGAAAAGACAGUAGUGCUUCCUUUUACAAGGCGGAACAUGAGGCCCUUCCAGCUUUCCGUUGCUGGCAUACCGUUGAAGCGCGUGUCUCACCAUAGGUUCCUCGGUCUCACUGUUGAUGCUAGGCUCUCUUGGCGGAGGCAUAUUGCAAGCUUGGAGAUCAAGAUUCACCGUUGGAUUGCAGUGAUCCGUCGCUUGACAGAUCAUAAGCUGCAGUGCCUCCUGGCGCGCAGCCUUCGUGUGUUCCUCGGCGUCCCUCGAGCAGCAGAGACCCGAGCAGUUAUUGCUGAAGCGAGGGACACCCCGCUGGAGGUUCUUCGCUACGCAAAAGUGUGUGAGCGACUUCCCGCAGAAGGCAAGCGAUUCAUCCAGGCCAAAUAUGGGCUGGACGUUAAGUUUAGGGGGCGUGGAAAAUUACCGAAAACUAUGUGGGGCAUUCCUUUGCUUCGAGAUACUCCGAGUGCCGCGUCACAGAUUUCUGGGGGUAACUCUGGAUCCGAGUUUGUCGUGGGCGGCAGAAGUGCAUUGUCUAAAGACAAGAGCGGAGAGCAGAUUCAACGUACUGAGAUAGCGGCUCUCGAUGGGACAGGAUCUGCUCGAUCUUCGCGGUUGUACAGGGUCGACCCCGAGCUACGCUUCCAGGUACCUCCGUCGCUUCCUCGGCAAGCAGCGUGUCUCCUGCACAGGCUCCGGCUGAAUGUUGCGUACAGCGGUCGGUUGCUCUACAAAUUGGCCAAGUCCCCAUCUCCAAACUGCAGUGAGGUCAAUGUUGUCGAGGCCACAGAGCACGUUCUCCUCAGGUGCUCCAAGUAUGCCGACAGUCGCAGGACACUGGAAAUAAGUCUGGCUCGCCUGGACGCCCAGCCAUUUAACCUUGUAAAGCUCCUGGGUCCUCAGCCAUUCAAUCACCAAGCGGCUGCAUGGAAAGCGCUCCUACGUUUCCUCGAAGAAACUCAUCUGAUUGACAUUUUGUGA